CGCAUAACUGAUUAACUGUGUAGUCAAGGCUAACAACUAACUAACUAAUAGUUGCAGAUGAUCUGAGUGACAUCCACCGACUUGUCAGCAAUAACUGUACAACUUGGAACUAAACUUGUCAGAAUCCGCUCCUGUUUAGGUUGCUUCGCUUGCUAAUAAUAGCAACUGCCUUAAGAGCAAACACUCUGGACAAUGGUCGCUAACUGUGACGGCACAUCUGUUCCUGCCUCAGUAGUAGAUAACAGCUAUAUUUGAGACGCUAUUUUAGAGAAGUGACGCAUUGUACUGCAAUAACUUUGAUGAGCAGCUAACGUUAGCAUAGAACACAUUCCGUGUUUUCUCACACUGCUACUGUGUGACUCCUGUAAAGAUAGAACUUUGUUAUGUUCUUCACAUUGAUUUAGCGAGCCAACACAAUGAGGCUGGUCAUUCUGGACGACUUUGACCUGGCCAGUGAGUGGGCAGCUAAAUACAUCCGCAACCGAAUCAUCCAGUUCAAGCCCUCCGCUGAAAGACACUUCACUCUGGGCUUACCUACAGGGAGCACUCCCUAUGGAUGUUACCAGAAGUUAAUAGAAUACUACAGAAGUGGCGAUAUCUCAUUCAAAUAUGUGAAGACCUUCAACAUGGAUGAAUAUGUAGGUCUACCUCGUGCUCAUCCCGAGAGCUACCACUCCUACAUGUGGAACAACUUCUUCAAGCACAUCGACAUUGAUCCGGCCAACGCUCACAUCCUGGAUGGAAACGCAGAGGACCUGGAGGCAGAGUGUCAGGCCUACGAGCAGAAGAUCGCAGAGGCUGGAGGAAUCGAGCUGUUCGUCGGAGGUAUUGGACCUGAUGGUCACAUAGCGUUCAAUGAGCCAGGUUCCAGCCUUGUUUCCAGGACCCGAGUGAAAACCCUGGCAAAGGAUACCAUCGUGGCCAAUGCUCGUUUCUUUGGCAACGACCUCUCCAGAGUUCCCACCAUGGCCCUGACUGUGGGCGUCGGAACGGUUAUGAACGCCAACGAGGUGAUGAUUCUGAUCACUGGAGCACACAAAGCCUUUGCUCUGUAUAAAGCCAUAGAGGAGGGAGUGAACCACAUGUGGACCGUAUCUGCAUUCCAGCAGCACCCGCGCACCAUCUUCGUCUGUGAUGAGGACGCCACCCUGGAGCUACGAGUCAAAACGGUGAAAUACUUCAAAGGUUUAAUGCAUGUUCAUAAUAGACUGGUGGACCCAGUGCUCAGCAUAAAGGACCAGUGAAGGAAGAGAAGUGAAGAUGAUAUCCCUGCAUACAACAUGAGUGGGCAGCCUCAUUCUUCUGGUACUGUGCCUGAGGAUCUGUUGAGUGUAUGAAUGUCCUAGCCUGUGCAUUGAGUUCAUGCAUAGAUUGAACUGCCUUUGGAUAAAGUCAACAGAUAAUGAAUGAGAGGUAAACGAUAAAGGGACCUAUUCCCUCUGAGGUUCUUUGUUCAGCAGUUUCCAUUUAAAGGGAUAGCACCAGUUCGCUGGCUCUAGUCACUGCUGGCAGUCUUGGUUGUCGUUGGAUGACUAGAUUUAAAGUCAUCAUGACGGUAAACAGGAAGUCUUCAUUCUGUUUGUUACACAGACUGAAUGAAACUGUACAGUAUAUAUUUGAUAAAUCUUCUUUAUGUUAGCUUUGUUUUCUCAUCUCCCUGUUACUGUUUGGACAGAUGAAUAUAUAAGAUAAUAAUACUGCGUGUAUAUUGGUAAUAUCUAUUAAGCCAACACAAAUAAACGUUGUCAGAGGUGACCUUUGACUCUGGUCAAA